AGUAGAAAAACACGGGAGUGGGAUAGAUAUCUCGCAAAAACAUUAUAUACUUUAUAUAAAGCAGUAAGACGAAAUUAACACCGCUUCACGACGGCGCCGGUAAUAAUAAAACGUGGUAAGCAGAGUCUCUCGUGGAGCAAGCGAGAUUCUCCAAGCUGUAACAUUUUUACGACGGCACCGAGCCGAGACUGGUGCAGCACAAUGGCACUGAGCCCGACGGAUCCGAACUCGUUCUCGAGACCAGAUCUGUGCAUCGUCAGACAUACCCAUCUGGACAUAAACGUCAACUUCCAACGACAAAUUUUGGAGGCCAGCGCGACUCUCGAAAUUGAAAAAAUUGGAGAGACCGAAUUUCUGAUACUCGAUGUCAGAGGCCUUGUUAUUUUGUCAGUGGUGGAUGUAAGCGAUGACAGCAGACUCGAUUAUUGUGUAGAAAAAGGAGUCGAUUAUGGUUCAAGACUUAGCAUAAAACUACCUGAAAAAUCAACUGAUUCUAAUCAGGAGCUCACUCGUCGUACAUUGUUUCUUUACAAAAUAAAAAUUCAAUACCGAACAUCACAAGACUCUACGGCACUGCAAUGGAUGUCACCAGAACAAACUGCGGGUGGAAAACAUCCUUAUUUGUUUUCUCAGUGUCAAGCUAUCCAUGCUCGAUCUAUGCUACCUUGUCAAGAUACUCCAUAUGUCAAGUCUACCUAUUCAGCUGAGGUAAGAGCUCCUGCUGAAUUGAAUGUUUUAAUGUCAGCUAUCAAAGAAGAUAUUUUACCUUUGCACGAUGAGCAAUCAACAAAAGUUCAUGUUUUCAAUCAACCUCUGCCUGUUCCAUCAUAUUUAAUAGCAUUAGCUGUAGGUGCUUUAGUAUCUAAAAAAAUUGGACCACGUACCAAAGUAUGGACAGAACAAGAAUUACUAGACAAAGCAGCCUAUGAAUUUGAAGAAACUGAAAAAAUGCUUCAAACUGCUGAAGAAAUAUGUGGAAAAUAUGUUUGGGGUAUUUAUGAUUUGCUUAUUUUGCCACCUAGUUUUCCGUACGGAGGAAUGGAAAACCCAUGUCUGACAUUUGUUACUCCGUGUUUAUUGGCUGGAGAUAGGUCUUUAGCUAAUGUUGUUGCUCAUGAAAUUGCUCAUAGCUGGACUGGAAACUUGGUAACAAAUGAAAAUUUUGAACAUUUUUGGUUGAAUGAAGGUUUUACAGUUUUUCUUGAAAGGAAAAUUAUUGGUCGAAUGUAUGGUGAAAAAGUUCGACAUUUUGCUGCAUUAAUGGGACUUCAACAAUUGAAAGAUGAAAUUCUUACUAUGGGAGAAAGUAAUCCACUUACAAAUCUUAUUCCAAGUUUAGUUGGAAUUGAUCCAGAUGAUGCAUUUUCUUCCAUUCCAUAUGAAAAGGGGCACACUUUUCUCUUUUACUUAGAAGAGUUACUUGGAGGGCCUGAAGAAUUUGAACCAUUUCUGAAGAAGUAUAUUGAGAAAUAUCGAUACAAAAGUUUGAACACAAAUACAUGGAAAGAAUUCUUAUAUAAAUAUUUUUCAAGUAAAACCGAGAUCCUUGAUAAAGUUAACUGGGAUGCUUGGUUUAAUAAACCUGGUACACCACCAGUGAUACCAAACUAUGACACAACUCUAGCCAAUGAAUACAGGGCCUUAGCUGAUAAAUGGAUUGCUAACAAUGCAGAUUCAAUUUUCAAUCAUGAUGACAUUAAAGAUUGGACAUCAAACUUGAAAGAGGCUUUCUUAUCGGAAUUAGUUUUGAGUAAUAAAUCUCUUACAAUUGAUCAAAUGAAAUUAAUGGAUGAACUCUAUGGUUUUGGGUCAACUCAAAAUUCGGAAAUACGAUUCAAUUGGCUGAGAUUAUGUUUAAAAUCCAAGUGGGAAGAAAAAGUUGAUGAAACAUUGGAAUUUGCAACAUCACAGGGCAGAUUGAAAUUUGUUCGUCCUUUAUUUAGAGAUGUGUAUGCCUGGGAAGAAAUGCGUCAACGUGCUAUUGACGUCUUCAUGGCGAAUAAGGAUAAAAUGAUGUUUGUAACCAGAGAAAUGGUAGCAAAAGAUUUACACCUUAGUGAGGAAAAAGAGAAAUUGUAAAAGAUGCAAAAAUUUGCUGAAUGAAUUUCAUAGAUCUUCCAGUAUAAGUUUAUGGCAGUUUUACAUAGUUUUAAAAGAAUAUGUGUUACACAAACCUUUACACGUUUUGUAAUAUUAUACUUAGUUUAGAAAAUAGGAAAAACAUGAAAUAAAAAGUAGUAUAAAAACAA